GCUGCAUUUGUUGAGGUCACAUUUAGCCCCACUUCGUUGGCGAUCCUAUCGGGUAAAUGAGGUAAUGCUACCUCCCAACAGAGCCAUCCACUUCAAGUGGCUUCUUCCACCUCUCUGGAGUCAAUCUAAAUGGUAUGGUUCCAUUUUGUCUCAAGAUCUUGUUUCUUUGCCAGCGCCUUUUCGGGUCGGGAGGACGCAUCAAAGCACCGCACCGGAGACGCUGUGACGUGUGGCGGACUCGGUGUUGGUCUGGACUUCCUACAAAUCGAGGUCCGCAGAAUCGCCCGCUUACCCGUGCGUUGCUGUGCAAGCAAGUCUGCUCUGGAAAACAUCCUGAGUGUUCCUAAACAAGAGGAGAGUAUCAGGCAAUACGCUCCUCUAGUCUCGGUGAAUAAAGUGGAGCAGGAGCUUCUGCUCGUUCAUCAGCCAGACCAACCAGAGAAGCCGAGAGUGCUGCGAGUCGCCAUCAUCGGGUCCCCCAACGCUGGCAAAUCAACACUUUCCAACCAGCUACUCGGCCGAAAGAUCUUCCCUGUUUCAAGCAAAGUGCACACAACACGUUGCCAGGCUCAAGGAGUUAUCACUGAGGGAGAGAUACAGAUUGUUCUCCUGGACACCCCUGGGCUCACCACUGCUGCCAAGGGAAAAAGACACAACCUUGAGAAGUCAUUGCUGGUGGAUCCCUGGGACUCGGUGAAGGAAGCCAAUCUGGUCCUUGUGUUGGUUGAUGUUUCUGAUCACUGGAACCGCUAUAAUCUCAGCCUCGAAGUGUUGAAAUGCCUCUCGCAAAAUUCCCACGUCCCAGCGGUUUUGGUGCUGAAUAAGGUGGAUCUUCUCAAGAGCAAAGGCCUCCUCCUGGAUCUAACAAUUGAGCUCACGGAGGGGAUGGUGAACGGGAAGAAACUGAAGAUCAAGUCUAAGGUUAAAUCACUCGCACAGUCCACGCAAGGCGACUGCGGGGCCAUGGAAGCAGGACACUUGCCGGAAAAGGAGCCUGGAUCCCGGGACGUGCACGCCGCUCCUGUUUGUCAGGCGGACGGCCAGAUCGGUGCUCAGGAAACCGUGGCUGAAUCCGGUGCUGAGCCAGCCCCCAAACAGCACAGGGGCAACCAGCACCUGAAACACAAACAGGGGUGGCCACACUUCAGGGAAGUCUUCAUGCUUUCGGCUGUUGACGGGGAUGAGGUGGAGACACUGAAGCACUACCUGCUAUCCCAGGCACAGCCCGGGCCUUGGGAUUACCACAGCACCGUGCUCACCGACCAGUCUCCCCAGCAGCUCUGCAUCAACCUGAUCAGGGAGAAACUCCUGGAAAUCCUGCCACAGGAAGUGCCGUACAGCAUCACCCAGAGCACUGAAAUGUGGGAAGAGGGCCCGAGCGGAGAGCUGCGGAUUUUACAGAACCUCACAGUGGUCAAGAAGAAUCAUGCGAAGAUGCUGAUCGGUACGGGCGGCCAGGUGAUCGGUAAAGUGGCCCGUGAAGCUGGCCAGGAUCUGAUGAACAUUUUCCUCUGUGACGUUCACUUAAAGCUGUGUGUGAAGGUGAAGAAGUGAGUGAUAACACACCUCCCGCCUCGUUGGUCAGCUGAACGAGAACCACAGUCACAUAAGCCUUCCACUGUGCUGGAGAUAAAAGUCCAGCUCUGGCUUAAAUGAACAACGAACGUGUUUCACAUCAGAACUUCACACGAGCAAUAAGUGUGUGUUCAGCGAGCAGUCCCCGAACUGAUUUUUAAAAAAAAGUCUGCGUCAACCAGGAAAUGUAAUGCAGGCAGCAAGGCUUCAGUGAAAUGAGCCUAGAAGGUUGCUCAAUGGAUCUAAUGGUUUUGUCCACAAAAUAUACAGUCAGUUCACUUUACAGUAUAUUCUGUGAAGCGCUUUAAGACGUCUCGAAGAUGUGAUCAGGGGCUAUAUCAAAUGGGACAAUCGGUACUAACUGAAGCCACUGACAAGAGAAAGAGAGAGAGACUUUACCUCGUUUAUUGAACUUAUAAAGGACUUUCCUUCUCCAGCUGAUGUUUGCUGUCGAAUAAGAGCGUUUACUUAAUACACUCGGUCUGAACUGGGCAAGUGACUAACCAACUCGUCCCUCUUGGCCCUGGAUCAGGAACUCUUUAAAGGGUGAGGUUUGUGGCUGGUUCAGCUCGAAGCUCGGACCAGAAAUGCUUUGACCUGGAGGUGGAGCCUCUUUGUUCAGGUAAUUGUGUGAAUUACUCGGAGCUCUGAUUAAACCACACACUGUCUGCACCCAGAUGUGACUGUGAGUGAGUGUA